GGGGGUUAAGGACCGACUCCCUGCUCCUCCUUCUCGGGGUUCAUCAGCAUGACAAAGCUCCGGGCGGUCCCUGGGGUCUGCCUGCCUGGAGCCCCGGGAGACCCUCACCUUGACUCGAGCCAUGCACAGCCGAGGCGCACCCACAGCGCACUAGCGGAGGCAGGCGCCCUGCCCAGGGGCUCUGCGUCCACCGCGCUGAUGGAGAAGGCCCCGCCGCCGCGCCUGGAGCCCGCCGGGACCAACUACUCGGACCAGGCGGAAAAGCAGCCGAGUUCCUGGGACCAAAACGCGAACGGCAGCGGAGGAAAGAAGAAAAACUACCAGCGCUACCCUAAACCGCCCUACUCCUACCUCGCUAUGAUCGCCAUGGUCAUCCAGAACUCACCCGAGAAGAAGCUCACUCUGUCUGAGAUCCUGAAGGAGAUCAGCACUCUUUUUCCUUUCUUCAAAGGCAACUAUAAAGGCUGGAGAGAUUCGGUCCGACACAACUUGUCUUCAUAUGACUGCUUCGUCAAGGUGCUGAAAGAUCCCGGAAAACCUCAGGGCAAAGGUAAUUUCUGGGCUGUGGAAGUUAGCAGGGUUCCUCUGGAGCUGCUAAAGCGACAGAACACUGCUGUAUCACGUCAGGAUGAGACCAUUUUCGCCCAGGACCUUGCCCCCUACAUCCUCCAAGGACAUCCACACUCUCACAAACCUGAAGCCCACCCGCCUGAACCUCCACUACCUCACGUUCCCACUCGUCACACUUCCCCUCCUCCAGAGGACCCUUACCGCCCCAAACUGGACUCAUCUUUUGCUAUCGAUUCACUCCUCCACAGCUUUAGGCCGCCUAGCACUGCUGGAGACGGGAUUAGGGCUAGAGACGGCUGGGGCUUAGAACUUCCCCCUCAUGGCCGACCUACAUCUCCACAUCCGCGCUACUCAUUGUCCAAUCGCAGUGCCUCAGCUAGCUCUGCUAGUCCUGCUUCUUCCUCAUCAGAUGAGGACUGGAGAGGAUUUUCACGUUUUGGUAAACGAGGAAGCGAUGGAGAGCCAGGCUCAGACGGAUACGAUGACUCUUGCCCGCCACCAAACAAAACCGCCAAACGUGGCUCUGCACCCCCAUGGGAGUUACCAACGUCUUACGCUAAAUACACCCCUCCCAAUGCAAUAGCGCCCCCUAGCAUGCGAUUUAACGGAAAUCCAUUCAUGCCACUUGGGGGUAUUCCGUUCUAUGGCUAUGGCGGCCCGCACGUUCCACCGAAUCACUUUAGCAGCCAUGCUUACUGGCCCCUCUUACCGAGUGGGCGUGUCUCGUUACAGGCCCCACCUCUCUUAAUGGACUUGGACAGCAUGUUGCAGUCGGUUCCUCCCAAUAAAAGUGUGUUUGAUGUCCUUGGUGCUGCAAAUCAGACUGUACACCCUCCCCCAAAUCAGUACUCCUUGCAGAAUGGACCUCCACUCGGCAGGUAUUCACAGUGCUAGUUCUUUUGAACUGUAUUCACACAGAGUUGGGACACAGUAUGGCAGCUGUUUCCCUACAGACAUGAACUAUGAUGCUGCUCAACUUUUACAUUCCAAAUUUAUAGUCAGUAAUGCUUAUUGUGUUUUGUACUGACAUUUACUGAACAUUCCAGUGGGUGUACGUCAGGAAUUUGAUCAAAAAAAUCUAUACAGCUAUAAAAAUCUACCUCAGUAUGACUGACUUACAGGGACAAAUGAAUGUAGGCCAGUAUGACCAAAGACUUUGCACUGACAGAGUUUGCACUGUUAUCUUUCUCUGUCCAUACGCUUUUAUUCCUCUUUUAAAUGUUUACUACCUCGACGCUUGAAUGUCUCGGAAAUGUAGCGUUCUCUUCAAAACCUUGUCAAUUGCAAGGUGUUCCUUAAACAGGGUAUGUAUUUAUGAUUUUUAUGUGAUUUUACGAGGGGUGUGUGCCUACAUCGUCUCUUUAGAGAUGACUCUCAUGCUGCAUUUUUAAGAAGGAGCCUUAUGGGUUUGCAUUGGAUUAUGAAUUUAGCAUUUUGUAUAUUUUAGCAUAUAGCAGGUUGAACACUAUGAAUUUGGAUUUCUUCUAAGCUUGAGCCUGACUUCUGUGCUUGGCUAAACUGUU